AUGUUCGUCCUCAAAUCCCGCAACCCAUCGAACCCCGAACUCAUCCAGAUUCCCGCUGGUCAGCUCUACCUUGUCCGCCCCGAUAGUAUCAAAGGCUCCCGCGAAUGCAUCUUCAAGGACGCCGUCGCCACUAUUCGUAGGACUGGUGUGGAGCACCAGUACCAGCUCGUUGUCACGCGCGCGUACGAGGAGGGCGAGGAGCAGCUUCUUGAGGAGGACGCUGAGACCGACGAUGAGCGCGUGUUCUUAAUCGACCAGUCCCUUGGCUUCCGUUUCGGCUCCCUUGACGGUGACGCAACUUUUGCUUGGCGCGACCUCAGCGGUGACGAUGGCGACCUCUGGGAGUUCGUCAGCAACAAGUCUGUCGGCAACGCCACUAGCAAGCUCUUCGAGGUCACUCUGCUUCAAUGCGUAUACGAGAGGUCGCACGAGAACGCUACUGAAGAGGACCUCGAGGCUCUGAAGUACAACGAGAACGACCAUCCGUCGACUCCUAAGAAGGGAAAGGGAAAGGACGCUGAGGCGGCCGAGCCGGAGGACCCGUUCAAGGACGUUCCUGUGCUGAGCCGCACCAAGGGAGAGCUCUACCUGUUCGACACGGACACCGAUGUCUUUGUCAUUCAGGAACGUGACGUCGAUGUCGAUCUCGCCUCCAACGGCCAGUUCGACGUCUGGAUCAUCGUGCGCAAGGGCAACACCCCCUUCAUCUCGAUCCCGAUCGACUCUGAGAUGAACCCUCGUUUCGACAUGGCCAACCACGCUUUCAUGUUUACCUUCCGUGAGGCGGAGGGACUUCCUGGAAUGACGUGGUGUCUGCGUUUCGAGGCUUCGGUCUUUGGAGAGUGGAAGGACAAGUUCACGAUCUAUCUUUGGGAGAACAAGAACCAGGUCUCCUACGCCAAGGCGCAGGCUGUUGAGCAGCGUUACAUCCAGGACGCUUACGGUGACAUCGAGAUGGGUGAGGGUGAGCCGGCCGUCGAAGAGGAAGAGGAGGAGCCUGAGCCCGAGGAGGAGUACGAAGAGUCGGAGGAGGAGGAGGACUAUGACGACCAGUCCUCCAUCGACGAGUCGUUCUCGAAGGGAUCCAAGAACGAGCAGCUUGCUGUCGGUUACAAGAACGACAUGUCGUUUGUCACGCGUGGCAACAUGAUUGGCGUGUUUGGCCACGACCGUGACAAGGUCAAGUUCCGCACGGCUAUCGAACGUGUUAAGGACUUGGAGGGUAACAGCUUCAACCCCGGAAAGAUCAUGCUCCACAACCAGGAUGCCGACAUGCUCAUGCUGAACCCGAACAACAAGAACGCUCUGUUCAGGAUGGACCUUGAGUACGGAAAGAUCGUGGACGAGUGGAAGGUCUCGGACGAGGUCGAGGUCGCCAACAUCCUCCCGGAUUCGAAGUAUGCGCAGAUGAACCCUCAGCAGACUCUCAUCGGUCACUCGAAGAACGGCAUCUUCCGUAUCGACCCCCGUGUGUCUGGCAACAAGCUCGUUGAGAGCCAGUUCAAGCAGUAUGUCACCAAGAACGACUUCUCCGCCGCUGCCACAACCGAGUCUGGUAAACUGGCUGUCGCUUCCAACAAGGGUGACAUUCGUUUGUUCGACACCAUCGGAAAGAACGCCAAGACUGCCCUGCCUGCGCUUGGUGACCCGAUCAUUGGUGUUGAUGUCUCGGCGGACGGAAGGUGGCUUGUCGCGACCUGCAAAACCUACCUGCUUCUCAUCGACACCCUCAUCGGUGACGGACGGUAUAAGGGCAAUCUCGGUUUCGACCGCAGCUUCCCCGCCGACUCGAAGCCGAUCCCUCGUCGUCUGCAGCUCAAGCCUGAGCACAUCGCCUACAUGGAGGACCCUGUGUCGUUCACCCCCGCUCGCUUCAACACCGGACUCAAUGAGGCUGAGAAGACGAUCGUCACGUCGACCGGCAAGUAUAUCAUCACGUGGAACUUCCGUCGCCUCAAGCAGGGCCGUCUCGAUGACUACCAGAUCAAGAAAUAUGACUCGAAUGUUGUCGCCGACAACUUCAAGUACGGAGCUGACAAGAACAUCAUUGUCGCGCUCGAGCAGAACGUCCUCAUGGCGAACAAGCGCGACCUGGCGAAGCCUACUCGCCAGUCGCUGGCACCGAGAGCCUCCCUGUCUACACCGGCAAGCAAGAUCAGGCAGUCGCACAGCAACAUUGUCAACAGCCCGUAUUAG